CGCAAAAGUUGAGAGGUGCUGGAGGUGAUGCUGGGCUGAACUGGGGCGGUGUGGGCACCGCUCCAGAUUGGGACAGGUGGGCUCAGACUGGUGUGGAAGCGCUCCGUGCAGGGAGCAGGGCUCUCACACCGGUAAAGGCCGAGUCUGUGCUGGUCUGAUGGGGCUCACACUGUGACAGAGAUCCCCAAACCGGGGGCUCAGAGCUCCAUGCGGGUUCUCGCCCCCCAAAACCUCCACGCUCGCGCAUGCGCGCUCCGGCCGCGGAGGCCCCGCUGUGCGUACGCGCGCAAUUAAAUGACGCCCCGCCCUUCAUCGCCCUGCCCCGCCCAACCGGAAUCGCGCCUUCCUUCUCCUCCCAACCGGAACCGCGCCUUCCUUCUCCGCCCAACCGGAACCGCGCCUUCCUUCUCCUCCCAACUGGAACCGCGCCUUCCUUCUCCGCCCAACCGGAACCGCGCCUUCCUUCUCCGCGUGCGCGAUUUUGACCACGCCCAUCACAUGCAAAUGAAGGUUGUGGUCAGUGGCCCCGCCCCCGAAAAUCGGCACGUGCGCUCUGGGUGAAUCGACGGGGCGUGGCUCGCUUAACCCCGCCCGUCCGUUGUGACGAAAUAGCCCACGUGAUGGGCGUGGUCGGAACAAGCCCGCCCCACCCCACACGAGGGUGAAUGAGCGGGGCCAUGGGCACUCCACGCCCACCUCCAACUCGCGCCGUUGCCACAGCGACGGCGGCUGCGCGCGGGAACGGGGGCCAGGCGCCCCCUGCCGGAGAGCGCUGAGGCACGGGUUCCCUGCGGGAAGGGCUCUGUGACACAGCCGUUCCUAUCAGCCGCCCCAUGGGCUCUGUGCGUUCCCUGUCUGCUGUCAGCUCUGCCCUGGGCCACAGCAAGGCCGAGCAUGAGGAGGGUGAGAAUUUAUUGGGCAGCCAGGAGCCUGUGGAGGACAUGGGCAAGAUUCCCUACAUGGAAUUCACAGGCCAGGACAGCGUCACCUGUCCCACCUGCCAAGGCACCGGAUGCAUCCCCACAGAGCAGGUGAACGAAUUGGUAGCUCUGAUCCCCUACAGUGACCAACGGCUUCGCCCUCAGAGAACGAAACUCUAUGUGCUGCUCUCAGUGCUGCUCUGCCUUCUGCUGUCUGGCCUGGGGGUUUUCUUCCUGUUCCCCCACUCCGUGCUGGUGGACGAUGAUGGCAUCCAAGUGGUCCAGGUGUGGUUUGACAGGAAAAACUCUGCUGUCCUCCUGGCCAUCACGGCCACCCUGAGGAUCAGAAAUUCCAACUUCUACUCGGUGGCAGUGAGCAGCCUGAGCAGCCAGGUGCAGUACAUGAACACUGUGGUGGGCAGCCAGCAGCUCACCAACGUCUCCAGCAUCCAGCCCCUGCGGGACAAACUGGUGAAUUUCACCGUGAAGGCAGAGCUGGGUGGAUCCCUGUCCUAUGUGUAUUUUUUCUGCACUUUGCCCAAGGUGAAGGUCCACAACAUCGUGAUCCUCAUGAGGACCUCGGUGAAGCUCUCCUACAUCGGCCACAGCACCCAGAGCACCCUGGAGACCUUCCAUUACCUGGACUGCAGCUCCAACUCCUCGGCACCGCUGCCUGCCCUGGCCCGGGGGGCUCCUGGGGCUCCCUGAGGGCUCCCGGGGGGCUCCUGGGGGGCUCUGAGCGACCUGGGGCUACCUCAGGCUGGCUGCAGGCACCGGGAGUGUGUGGGGACAAACCCGGCAGCUCCGAGGCUCCUGCUCUUUUUGGGAACGAAUCUGGAACUUUCCCUCCUGAAUGAAGGGCUGAAGUCAUGAAGAUUUACAGUGGUUUGCACCUGUUCUGGAAGCUUGGCACUGUCAGGGUGUUUUAGGGUAAAUGGAUGUAAUUUUUGAGAGUAAAUAAUUUAUUUUUUCAGGGGAAAUGAAUUUAUUUUCCUGCUCAGUGGUGGCAGCACCUCAGGACCCCAGCAAGGGGACAGUUCCCACCAGGAAUGUCCCUCUGUUACACUCGGGAAGGAGGCAAAGGAACCCAAAUCUUUGGAAUGAACUUUUUCCUCCUUUUUCCCCUGUGGCUCCAACGUAUUUGGCAUCCAGAGGCUCUUUCCUGGGGUUUGAAAUCCGGGAAUUUGCUGCUUUUUAUGCUCCACUUCCCACAGCAGCAGGGAUUGGAAGGGGUUUUGUGGGAGGCUGGGAUUCCAAGGCCUCCCUGCCGGGAGCUGGACAUUCCUGCCGGCCGCUAUCCCGAGGAAAAUCCAGCUGCCAGCUCAGCCCCCGCAGCCCUUUGGCAUUUUGCCCCUUUUUUGGGAGUUUUCUUCUGGAAUUUCAGCCCUCGUUUCCCAUGGGAUUUGGGAGCCAGGCACAGCUACAGGUGAGGGAAUCCUUCUUCAGUGGAAAAAUUACUGGAUUUUUGGGUGAGAGUGACACAAAAUCCACACUUUGCUCCCUUUUCUGACAGGAGAUUCCUGCCCCUGCAGUGUUUUUAGGGCUGAAUCCUUCAUUAAACCUGAUUUGGAUA